AUGGCUAUUCUCAAUGCUGAUCUACCGGUACGGCCGCCCAAUACUCCACCGGUUCCCAAGCCAGAUGAAAUUCUGAAACAUCCGUCUCUUGAUGCACGCGAGAAAGAACUCCAAAUCAACAUCAAGGAUGUGCCCUUUGCCGACAUUGACCCUGGUGUCUUCAAUAGAGAGCUUGUGAAGUUGAAGUUGUAUGCCAAACCAAACCCGAGGCACCUUGAACAGCCUCCAGCGCUAGGUGGAGGAAACAUCACAGAAGGGACAUACUCUGGAACUCAAGCCGCAUUGACUCAUGCCUACAGUCGAAUCGAGCGAAGCUACGAAUCCUAUUUCGAUGUCAUGCAGAUUGAGCCCACUUUGCCUCGGUACACAGAUCUUCCAGCCAAGAAGGAGAUUUUCCAAUACUCUUCCUACCCAAAGAACCCUGAUGGGUCUGUUGCUCAGUAUCCGCCCCACCUUGAACACAUCCCAAAAGAAGAUCAGGUCUCCUUGUUGAAGAUUUUCAAUGCUCUGGGUCUCGCAGAGACGGAAAUUUUGAUCAAGCAGGUGGUUCCCGAUAGUAUCGUUGGAAAGACUGCUGCAUGGAUUCUUGACCUGGUCAAUGGAAACAUUAGAGAUGCGGCGAAUCAAGGCUCUAGCAUCAAAGCCUAUGAAACGUACAACAAGCUCCACCGCAAGUCUGGCACAGACAUCGAACAGGGAGCCAAUCUCGGUCUCUUACCGGACUGGUACAGCGAUCGCCGCUUUGCCGAUCAAUCAUUUACGGGAACCAACCCUACGACGAUUGAGAAGAUCCCUAAGGACCUGUUGGAUGAGUUCAUCGAGGCCGCAAAGCGGGGCGGAUAUGACUACUGGGCGCAAACUAUUCCUGAGACCGACCCAAGCUCGCUCUUUAUUCAAGACUGCCGCUAUUUCCGGGAAGCGGUUGGCGCUCAGCCUAACGAAGAACUGCAUCACAAAGAACCUGUCUCGGACAACAGCUGGGCAUGUGCGGCCGUUACACUUUUUCAGCUCCAUCCGGACGGCCAACUACACCCAGUUGCCAUUGUUUGCGACUACAAGAGCACCAUGGCAAACUCCGUCACCAUCUUCAACCAAAGGAGACUUCCCACGGACCCAUCCAACCAUGAAGAAAGCGACUGGGCGUGGCGAUAUGCCAAGACGUGUGCUCAAGUCUCUGACUGGAUUCGUCAUGAAGUCGGUGUCCAUCUGACUCGCGCGCACAUGAUUGAGGAGGUACUGAUAGUGGCCACCCACCGCACAAUUCCCAUGGACCACAUUGUGUUCAAACUUCUUGAGCCACACUGGUACAAGACGCUCUCGCUUAACGCUGCUGCUAGAUCUACCCUUGUGCCUCAAGUCAUCAAGGACCUGGUUGGCCUGAAGCCUGACUAUUUGUAUCAGUUCAUUCGGUAUGAGUUUGAGAACUUUGACUAUGUCAGGAGCUACGUCCCCAAUGACUUGGAACAACGGGGCCUUCCCAACACAGCACAGGGCCUGUCCGACAAGAAGUACAAGAAUUAUGCCUAUGCCAAGAACAUGGUCUCUAUGUGGCACUGCAUUCGAGAGUACGUCAUGAGCACGCUUCUGAUGUACUACGACAAGGAUACGGCAGACAAGAUGGUGCAAGAAGAUCAAUAUGUCCAGGACUGGUGCAAGGAGGUGCAGACAAACGGUUGGAUCGAUUCUUUCCCGACCAUCCAAACUCUGGACGAACUGUGCGACGCUGUCACCAUGAGCAUUCAUAUUGCAGCUCCAUUUCACACCGCAGUCAACUACCUUCAAAACUUCUACCAAGCCUUCGUUCUCGCCAAACCACCCUGCCUUUGCAGCCCAAUACCUGGAAGCCUCGAGGAGCUCAGGAAGUAUACUGAGAAAAGCCUCGUCGAUGCGCUGCCCAUCGGUCGACAAAGGCAAUGGCUGCUCUCAGUCCAGGUACCCUGGCUCCUUAGUUUUAAGGUCCCUAGUGAUCGCAGUCUUAUUACUUUCGCUCAAUCUCAAUGGCGCACGCAUCGUGGGGAUGACAGGGAAGACCAAGAAAUCAGAGCGAUCAGCGAGCGGUUCUAUAUCGAGCUCAAGAAGCUAGAAGUUGAGUUUCUUGUCACUAGCAAGAGUAUGGAUGAGGGAAGCGUUCCUUACAUGGUCAUGGAUCCGGCCAAUACUGCUGUGUCUAUUUUGAUCUAA